GGAGCGUAUUUCCAUCUCACCAGCGACACGAGAUAAGGUCAAUCCUGCAAGGAAGAUCAGUAACGCAAGAGGUUCACCUUCUCCUGCACGCAGUCACUGAGAAAACAGCAUGGUCAUGUCUGGGGUUUGGACUGUGGGUCUCCUGACUCUCUUCCUCAUUUUCAAAGAAGGGGAGAGUAACUUAAACAACCAAAACCUGCAUAACAUCAUAAAGGGAAUGAAGAAUAGGUUGGACCCUCAGAAGUUACGAGAUGAGAUAAGAAAUAAAAACAACCCCAAUAUGGCAACGGGUGUCCAAUACAGCGUGGGUCUCCAGCUCACAAGUGACGAUUGUGAUUCAGGAAGUAUGACAUCCGUCACAGCUAACUUUGCAGCGGUCAGGAAUCAAAUGGCAAAUGAGGCUGUGUUUAAUACUGCUGGUGUAACAGCAGCUAUUCCAUGGAAAGUGUAUAAUAAUAAUGGUCAGUUAAGAUACACAGAUCAUGCAGAAUAUCGAGUUCUCAAAGGACUCGGGAGAAACCAGGCCAAAUGUCUGAUCGUCUACACUUACUUCAGCCCCUGUUUAACCAAAUGUCUUGAUGAAGAUAAUCGUAAUAAUAUAAUUUGGAUGUUAGGGGAUGUCUUUAAGCAGCAAGUUGGGUACAAGGCAUUUGUUUACGACAGAAUUUUCUAUAAAGACACUGAUGUAGACCAAUUAUACAAUGUGUUGAAGCAAAUCAACUCUGUGCCUGUGUACUGCUGUGAUAAUAACCGCUGUACGCAGUUUGAUGGGAACAGAGGCCUUGACCAAACAUGUUUGAAUGUGUAGGAUCCUCACUGAAACAUUCAUGCUUUUUCUACCUGCUGAUUCAAAAUGAACUUACACCUGUGCUAUAUACAUCUUUCUGAGCUCUGCCAUGUCUUAUUAUUGCUGUGUGGUAUUAAAAACAGUCCUGUAUGAAUGCAAAAAGCAAACUGCAUUAAAGGCUAAAAUAAUCAGCCUAUUUAAGUUAAA